UCCUGUCCUAGGUUUUGGCGUCCUCUCGUGUUGAUGUUUGUGGACCAUUUUCUCUGGAAGCGCUUUCAAAUUUUGGAAACUUUCUUCUGAAAAACCCGCAACCAUGGGCCCGAAACUGGCUCCGAAGUGUUCCCACUGCCAAACUGGAUCGUCGGAAAAGUGGCACCAGGUGGAGAAGGGUGUUACUUUGUGCAUCCCAUGUCACGAACGGCAGGAAAAGGAACAGCUUGAACUCGAGCGGGAGCUGAAGGAGAUUCAGGCUGAACCUCCGGCCCCACCGCCUUCGGUGGCCACGGUCGUCAAAUCUGAAGAGCAAGAGGCUGGUACUCAAGGUCAAUUACCCGGGGACACUGGGAAGGAAGAGCCGAAGGAGGAAAAGAAGGAAGUCACAUCGGAGGAGAUUAAGGAGGAACCGGAUGAGAAGGACGACAAGGAUUCCAACGCGGACGCGAAGGAGCGCCCGUUGCCAUCGCUGAGUCCGCGGAAGUUGCGCAAGAAUGUGCGCAGCGCACGGAAAGGAGGUGGAGGUGGUGCCGGAGGGAACGGUGGCAAAGGUGGACGCUCCCGGAGGUUCAUAUUCAAGAAGAACCCGAUGAAGGCCCCCGCGAUUACUGUGACGACCCGAACCGUGGAGACGCUGUUCCAUAAUAACAUUUACUACCAGAUCGGGGACAUCGUGUCGCUGAUGGACGCCAAGGAUAACGUUUACUACGCCCAGAUCCACGGACUGCAGAUUGAUUCGUACUGCGAGAAGUCCGCCUACAUCACGUGGUUGAUUCCGACGACUUCAAGUCCCCCGCCGAAGGAACGGUUCGAUCCGGCGUCGUACCUGAUCGGACCGGAGGAGGACUUGCCGCGGAAGCUGAGCUGUAUGGAGUUUGUCAUGCACGCCCCGAGCAGUUACUAUCUGGACCGGCACAAUCCGUACCCGAGGCCGGACUGCUGGGGACCGGAGAACACUAGCCAGGAGGACAACUCGAACUUCAUUUGGGCGAACAUUUCCCACUUGUACCAAUGCUAAUCACAGGAAUGGUCUCAUUUUAGGUAAGAAACAUUUUAAUUGUAAUUAUGGAUUCAAGUUUUGCGUUCUUUGAGGGAGAAUAAAGGAUUAGUCUUAGAA